UGUAUAUUCAAUUUGACUCUUCGAUUUAAAUUCCUAAAUACGAAGUAACCUUCCUAAGGAAGGGAUUUUCAAUGCUACCUACCAUUGCUAGUCUACUACAAUCUACUCUCAAAUGGGGGCAUUAAAAGUAACAAAAAACACUCGACCAAAAACCAAAAAGGUAAAACAAGGUACAAUUUCUUCACUUUCUUGUCCAACCCUUACUUUUUCUUUUAACUUUUUUCUUGAAAAAAGAGCAACCUUUUUUGUUUGAUUGAAAGAGGGGGAAUGAUGAUGAGCUAGGGUGGAAGGGGGGAUGGAGAAAGCAGAGGAAGAGUUAGAGAGAAGGAGCAAGUUCUUGAAUAGUUUGAUUUUGAGGAAGAAAUCAGUUGAGGAAAAACAGCAAAAUGAGGAUUUGAAUGUUCGUGUGAGAGCUUCAGAUAUGCCAUUUUCUCUGCAAAAUCAUGCCUUUAAGUGUGCAAGAGACAAUCUUGAUGCUACUAUGGCUUGUGGGAAGCUGGACAGUAAACGACUUGCUCUGGUUCUUAAAAAGGAAUUUGACUCAACAUAUGGACCAGCUUGGCAUUGUAUUGUGGGAACUAGCUUUGGUUCAUAUGUGACACAUUCCAUAGGAGGUUUUUUGUACUUCUCAAUUGAUAAGGUUUAUGUUCUUUUAUUUAGGACUGCUGUUGAACCUUUAAAUCAUUGAUUUCUACUUUGUAAUUUCUGAAAAAAAUUAAUUUAUGAGAGGUUUUUGUUUAAUUUUUAUGUUGGAUUGUACAAUCACCAAAUGUGUUUGCCAUGCCACAAUUGAAAUU